AUGAGGUGGCUUCCCCUUUUCUUGGGCGCGGCCCGUGUGGCCGUUGCCGCAUCAACGACGACAACAACAGAAGCAGAGGACGACGUGGGGGUGACAGAGUACACCAAGUUCAACGAUGUAUCGAUACCACCACUUAUCGAGCUCACCCCCGACAACUGGGAGAAGGAAUCCAAAGCCAGCAAAUGGCUGAUGGUUAAGCACUACAGCCCUUACUGCCCCCACUGCAUUGACUUUGCUCCUACAUACCAAACAUUAUACGAGUUCUACUACACAUCGAAGCCCGUCGGGAACGAGAACGCGAACUUUACCAAUUUCUACGACUUCCGCUUCGGCACCAUCAACUGCGUGGCGUACUACGAUCUGUGCAGCGCACACAAGGCAUCUUCCUACCCAACAACUACUCUCUACAAGAAUGGCGAACAGGUCGAGGCUCUUAAGGGCGUCAAGUCCAUGGUUGUUCUGAGCGAGGUGGUGGAGAAGGCCCUGGAAGAGACCAAGCCCGGAUCGAGACCCGCGAAGCUCGAGCUUCCUAAGCCCGGCGAAAUCUCUGCUCCUGGCUACGUCCCCAAGGUCGGCGCCAUCAAGGAUACCAAAGAAGCAUCCAAGGUUGAUUCCGUCAAGGACGUGCCCAAGGUCGAUCUUGUUAAGGACUCCACCAAGGUUGAUUCCGUCAAGGAUAUGCCCAAGGUCGAUCUUGUUAAGGACUCCGCCAAGGUUGAACAGCCUGUUAAGGAUACUUUCAUCACCGGAAACGACGAGUACUUGAUGCCGACUCCCAAGACCGAGGAUAAGGUCGCGGACAAGGUUGUGGAAAAGGUGGCAGACAAGGCCACGGAAACCAAGGCCGUCUCCAAGGCUGACCCUUCUGUUGAGGCCAAGGCCAAGGUCGAGACGGCCAAGGUCGAGAAGGCCAAGGAGGAGGAGAAGAAGUCUACGCCUGCUGCUUACUACGAGGCCCCUGCUGCCGCUGCCGCUGCUGCUGCGUCCAUCAAAGGCAACAAGCCCAAGACUACUCCUAACCCCAAUGGUAUCUCCCAGCCCCUGACUGCCGAGAGCUUCCAGAGCCAGGUCACCAUGACCCAGCAGCCUUGGUUCAUUAAGUUUUAUGCCCCUUGGUGUCAUCACUGCCAAGCCAUGGCCGCCAACUGGGCUCAGGUCGCUCGCGAGAUGAAGGGCCGCCUCAACAUCGGCGAGGUCAACUGCGAGCAGGAGGUCCGCCUCUGCAAGGACGUCCGUGUCACCGGUUACCCCACCAUUCAGUUCUUCCGGGGAGGCGAGCGUGCCGAGUACACUGGCCUCCGUGGUCUCGGAGACUUCCUCGCGUAUGCUGAGAAGGCCAUCGACAUCUCUAACGGUGUACAGGACGUCGAUGCCGCUUCUUUCAAGGCUCUUGAGGAGAAGGAGGAGGUCAUCUUUGUUUACUUCUACGAUCAUGCCACCACCACCGAGGAUUUCCUCGCCCUUGAGCGUCUUCCUCUCAGCCUUAUCGGCCGUGCCAAGCUCGUCAAGACCCGCGACCCCGAAAUGUAUGAUCGCUUCAAGAUCACCACCUGGCCCCGCCUGCUCGUCUCUCGCGAGGGCCGUCCCACCUAUUAUCAGCCUCUCACGCCCAACGAGAUGCGCGGCACUCGCCAGGUCCUUGACUGGAUGAAGUCCGUUUGGCUGCCCAUUGUUCCCGAGAUGACCGCCUCAAACGCCCGCGAGAUCAUGGAUGGCAAGAUCGUUGUCCUCGGACUCCUUAACAGAGACGACGAGGAGUCGUUUACCGGCGCCAUCCGCGAGAUGAAGUCGGCCGCCGGCGAGUGGAUGGACAAGCAGAUCCAGCUCUUCCAGCUGGAAAGGCAGGAGCUCCGUAACGCCAAGCAGCUGCGCAUCGAGGAGGCCGAGGACCGCAACGACCAGCGUGCUUUGCGCAACGCCAAGAACAUCCGCAUCAACAUGGACAGGGCGGACAGGAAGGAGAUCACCUUUGCUUGGGUUGAUGGCGUUUUCUGGCAGAGGUGGAUCAGGACCACCUACGGUAUUGAUGUCAAGGACACUGGUGACCGGAUCAUCAUCAACGAUGAGGAUAACCGCCGCUACUGGGACCAAACCACCACCGGCAACCCCAUCGUCCCCAGCCGCACCUCCAUCCUCGAGACCAUCACCAAGAUCUCCCAGAACCCCCUCAACAUCAAGCCCAAGCUCACCAUCUCUGCCUUUGAGAAGAUGUUUUUCGACAUCCGCAUGACCUUCUCGGAGCAUCCUUACCUUUCCAUGGGCUGCAUUCUCGGCAUCGCCUUCGGUUGCCUCUCGUGGUUCCGCAACAGCGCUCGCGCCCAGAGGAGGGCCGGUCACGGCACCCACUUCAAGUUGGAGGAGGGCGGCGUUGGUGCUCCCGGCGAGAAGGGCAGCACCGGCGGCUUCAUUCAGAGCGUGUUUGGCGGCAGCGGUGGCAGCAGCAGUGGACCCAAGGCCGAUUAA